AUGAGACUAUUGGUCACAUUUUUCCCCGAUAUCGAACUGAUGCCGUUUGAACUGUCAGACGACUAUACUGAUUCGUCGGUGGUGUUGUCUGUUGCUGUUAUCGGUGAUCCCCACUUCAAGCCUAUUCUUCCUGCUUCUGACGAUGAAGAUGACGAGGGUGGCUACAGUGGCAGCAGUGAGAGCGAUCACUAUGCUGUUGACUCGGAGGACGAAGAUGAGAACGUCUUACACAGUGAUUAUGCGACGAUCUACCGUGGCAUCAUGACGCGCAACGACACAGGCACCUGCACUGACGUUGUGCUGAAGUGUUCCUACAGGAACAGGCAUGCAGACAUCGUUGAAGAAGGAAGUUUCUAUGUCAAUCAGUUAAAGCCCCUCCAAGGCGACGCUGUACCGGAGUGCUAUUGUCUUUUCCGUGGCACGGGCCCUAAAGGCUAUGAAAUUGUAUGCAUCGUACUGGAGGAUUGCGGCAAGACAGUGGGAAGUCCUUUCGCAACUCUCCCGCUCCUCGACAGGACCAGGAUUCUGUCCCAGCUGGUGAAAAUUCAUUAUGCUGGAGUGAUGCACCGGGAUGUCCACGAAGGGCAUGUUGUCGAACGCGGGGGUAUUUUCAAGAUCAUCGACUUUCAUGAUGCCGUCGGACACGAACCUGCCUGCGACUUCAGAUUCGCAGACGACUUGCAUGCGGGAGAGCCAGAGCCUGACGGCGACGAGGCUGGUUGCAUUCCACUGUGGAGGCAGUGCAAGGAGUUCGAGAUCUGGGAUGAUGGUCGCAUAUUCAUCCCCUUGUCAGGCAUGGCAUUCCGCAGAUGCAACGGUUGGCCUCGUCAAGAGGUUAUUGACAAGCUUAUGCCGUCAUGCAUAUCUCACUGGAACACCAUUGUGAAGCAUGCACUGCAAGAGUACUUUCAUCUCAUUCAGAAGGAGCUCGACAAUGGCGUGUCCAUGGAGCUGCUCAAGAAAAAUGCUAAUGAACGAUUCUUGAAAUCACUGCGGCCUGCGGAUGUGGUACCCAAUUUUGUCUUUCCACAAUACCGGCGCACUUGA